AUGGUUUACUAUUGUUAUAGACAAUUGACAAUUACUUCAAUUCGAGCGUCCCCGUCUCUAGUAAUUAAGCUAACCCCACGGCGUCACGCUAAGGGGCCAACUGGCUACUGGCAAGUGCAUAAUCUGGCUUCCGCUGAUCUAGAUAUUUGGUAG